GUUUUGAGCGCAGAAUAAACUUCAAACACGUUUGAGGCAGUCAUUUCAAAAUUACAGUUUCGAUCAUGAACAAAUCGCAAAAAACCGACAAAAACCCAGUAACAAAAACGGCGGACAAACAGCCGGCCGGUGCCUCCCCGAAGGGACGCAGUCAGCCGGCGACGCCGACCAAAUCGGGGGACAAGUCCAAAUCUAGCGAUAAGAGCAAAUCGACUCCGCAAAAGGGAAAACGGGGCUCACCGGCCGAAGAGACACCCAAAACGCCCAAAGUCCAUCGCACCCGAAGCGAACGUCUCAGAAUUAAAGGCAGAAAGUUGGCGAUGAAACGCUUCGAGUACAAAGUGCCGACCCCGAAGACCAAACCGUGGAUCCCGCCGGAGUUGCGACCCAAGGAACCCCGGAAGAAAAUCGAAAUUAUGAUACCAGUGCCAACCACCCACAAGUGGGUACCUCCAGACCAAAGGAAGAAGAAGCCGCCGCCGCCCAAGUACGAGGCGCCACGUCCCGAGGUAACCAGAAAGUGGAUUCCUCCGUUUCUCAGAAAGAAGCCGCCCAAACCUGAACCCAAAGUUACUCCUCCACCGGGUGCUAAAACCAUUCCGGUUCCACACAGCAAAAUUCCGAAAGGAUGGGGACCGUUCAAAUUCUUCGGUAAUUUGCACGAACCGGGAGUUAUUGUAGCCGACUACAGUCAGGAGAACAAGAAGUUUGGAAAGAAUGCAGGACUGCAAGAUCUGGCCAAUUGCGUGGUGUUCUGCGGUUACACUCGUCGGACGCCGUAUCCGUUUGAAUGGACCCGCCAGUUGGUGACGUCGUUCUUGGAGGCGGGCAACAAAUUGUACGAGUUCAGCAUAAAGAAGUUGAACAAGGAGCACCAAUUGUGCGAAAAUCUGAUUCUGGACUUUACCAAACUGCUGCAGAUCUUCUUCCACGACUACAAAAAAUAUCUAAUGAAAUAUUGUGUGGGCGACACAAUCACGGCCGAAAUCGUAUCUUGCAGCAAGGAGGAGAUGAUGCUGGAGACGGUGAAGGACUUUUUCAGCAAAUACACCAUCGGAGUUUUGACGUUCGAAGGCAAAAGUUUGGCGAUAUACAAACACUCCGUGUAUUUUCUGUUCGACCCUACCGAUCAUGACUACGAAGGCAGGAUGAUACAUACGAGGCCGAGAGGACAAGGCUUCGCCGUCGUUUCUCGCUGCGGCACCAUGAAGGUGUUUUCCAAAAACAUUUUGGACAAUCUACCCGACUUUGGUCACGUCACCUUCACCAUCACGCCCGUUUUGGUCGAGAAAAUCAUCGACCUCGGACAAGAACCGGACGAAUAUGAAAAAGUCGUGGAGAAGGCCACGCAGGAAAUGAAAGAGUGCAAGAGAUUAGAGGAGAAAAAGGAACCAGAACCGGAAUUGGAUCCGAAAGAAGUGGAGCUGAAGGAGAAACAAAAAAUGGCAGCCCUGGAAAUAAAUCCUAACAACAUAAACGACGUGGCGGAAAGACCGUCGUAUUUGAAAAAUUUGGACAUUGAAAAAAUUGUUCAGGAAGAGAAGGAAGCUGAAAAGUUACCGCUGAAAGUGCAGAGAGUGCUGAAACCUAAACCAGUUUCUCGUUAUGUAGACCUUAUCCCAAACACUGCAUGGAUUCUACGAGGAUUAACCUUCCAAACCGACAAAAGGACAACAAAAUACGGCGGAAAACAAUCAAUAGGCAACGUCAUCGCUUGUUUGGCCACUUUAAGACAAUCGAAAGCCAUAAAUUGGACCCCUCAAACUUUAGUAGAAAUUCAUCAGUACGGAGACAUAAUUUAUUCAGAAGCUAGGUCGAAGAAGAAAGAAGGAUACCCUUUGCAAUUGGAGGACUUUCCAAAGACCGUUGAGGUUUUAAACGUCAAGUACGUUGUGGAUUUUGAACAGAAGUGUAUCGGGCAAUUACAAUCGGUCGAGUACGACGUUUUGGACCUGUAUCGUGCUCUAGAGUUCUUCUUCGAAAGCCAAAGCUGCGGCAUGAUCGAAGGACCUGUUACGGUGGCCGUUUGGAAGGAGGACGACAUGUACUUCAUGUUUGAUCCCAACGAACGUGAUGAACGCGGUGAAGUGAUGGCACUGCCCAAGUUCGGUCAGAUGCCGCAAAGAGGCGCCUCCUGCGUCCUGAUGUUCAGUGGAGUGACGAACCUGCGCAAUCACUAUUCGUCUAAUCUGCCUAACCGUGACAAGAACGACUAUUUCAAAUUGGUGGGCGUUCAAGUACGCGAUUUUCCCGACGUUCCCGCUCCGUGGCACUGCUUCGAAGGACUGAAGAAGAACAGAUGGAUUCUGAGGGCCGGUCUGAGUCAAAACGCGAAUAUUUUUCGUGGACAUCCGGGUUGGGGUUUGCAGUGUACCGCCAUGGCCAGCACUUCGUUGUUCUUCGCCACUUUGUUCCCCAAUUUCUCGACUUGGACGAGCGAAACCUUGAACACUAUCUUGCGUUUUGGCAACGAGUACUACAAAACGUCGAGAAAAGCUAUUUUGGAGGUGGAUCCGGAGAACAACGAGCACAUGUUGUGCGCGGACGAGGUGUAUCCUAAAGUGCCGUUCCCCGACUACAGUAAAGAGAUUCAAUUGGAUAUUAAACUGAUCAUUUGCGGCGCCAUGAAUUCGAUAGAAGGAGUGCCGGAUCUGUGUCAGGGCUUCCAGCAGUUUUUUCUCGGGUCCGGUACUCACGCCGUCGUCACAGGUGGCAGCAAAUCGGUUGGAAUUUGGAUGGCGUCUCCGAGUGAGUACUAUUAUUUCGAUUCUCACAGGAACAACGAGAAAGGGCAAGCGGCCAGAGAGGGUACCGCCUUCUUGAUGAGGACCACCAACUUUAAAGAAUUGGCGGAGGCUGUACUACCCAACAUCAAUUCAAGCAUGAACCAGUCAUUUAACAUUUUCGAUCUGGGAAUUAAGGUGGUGGAAGUUGUGAAUCAAGUGGCGAGACCGGAACGUUUCAACUUUGUGUUUGUUUCGGACAAACUGGCCGACUACGUUUGUAUCCUCAGAGCGUCGGUGAGCUGUUUGUAUCCUAAAUUCGGACAGGAGAAUGUGGGAAAACAAAUGAUCGCAAUGUGUUUGACCGGCUUGGGUGUGAACAAGUUGAAAAAGGCGGAAAGGUGGAAGGUUGAGGACAUCGAUUUUACCCUCAAGAAAGGGAACGAAUUGCACGUUCAGUCGUUGGAAAAGAAAGAAUCGCCUGAAACUUUGGGUUUGAUGGAUGAAGACGAGGAAGAGGAAGAGAAGAAGGAGGACGUGACGACUUUGGAUAACGUGAAGAAGGAGUUUGUUCUCGGCUACAACAAGAUUUCGUUCGAAUAUUCUUUGAUAGACGAAGGUAACGUCGAAGAUAAAUUGAUCGAAACUUUGGCAAGAUUGUACGGCAGGAACCCUAGCUUGGACGAUCCCAACAUGGAGAUAAUCCUCGUCAGCGAACCCUACACCGUUGCCAUCUUCAGGGAUAAAGGCGCUUUUUACGUGUACGACCCGCACGGACGCGACCACAAAGGGGAAGUGUUUGGAAAAGUGGACUGGGACGAUCCGGGAUCGGGAGGCGUUUCGGAAGGCGAAACGUUGCGGACGGGCGGCGGAGACGCUGAAGAGGAAGAACCCGAAGAGGAGGAAGAAGUGACGGAUUUCAAUGUGAGGACGUUCUUCAAAAACAUCGGAGAUAGAGAAUGGGACAUCGGGAAGCCGAGGAGGCCGAGGAAAACGGUGCACAAGUACCCGCCCACUUUUUGGGAGGACAACGUGAUGCUGUACGGAAAAGCUUGUUGCGUCAGGUUCUUGCUGGUGCAGGACUUGGUCGCGUUCAUCUACAAAAACUAUCCGCCCUUGGUGCGUCCUCAAACCGACUUUCAAUUGUACAAAAUCGAGGUGAACGUGGAGGUGAAACCUCCGACUCAAAAGUAUCGUCCCGAACGUGGAGACAAACCAAAGACGGUCUACGAUGGAAAUUGGUUCAAAUUCGUUGAAAUGGACAAAGGAAAAUGGAUUCUUCCCGGCAAAAUAACGAUGACGGAUAAAAUUUUCCCAGAUGCCAACAAAGGACAACAGUCAUUGUGUAGUUGUGUCAUUUUUGUUGGGAUCGUUACUCUUUAUCCACCUUACAGACUCGACGCCGAAAUUAUGGAUUGGAUUUUGAAAUAUGGUGACAGAAUGAUGAGCAAAAUCAGAUUUCAAAUGCAAACCAACUUAAAAGCAAAUACUUCGAUGAACGAGCAAGAAAUCAAAUUAAUUGCUGACAGUACCGACAUUAGUGUCAAUCACAUAUCGAAGGUGCUCAGGAUAAUUAAGAACUACAUCAGCGUGAAUAUCUCUUUGCAGUACAGCGGCAACGUUUAUGCUAAGGUGACGCCGGAAGAGGAGGCGAUCUUAGAAGGGGAAGACCGUAUGAAUGUAAACUUGCCACAAGCUUUGGAGUCGUUCUUCAAAACAUUCCAGAGUGGCUUGUUAAUGGCUAACGGUCUUACAGUAGCGUUGUACAAAGGAGAGAUGGUUUAUUACAUGUACGAUCCCAACAACAGAGGGCCGGAUGGCAAAGAAGAUAAACUUGGAACUCCGUGUGUCACAAGGUUUUUAACGUUGGACCAACUGAGAGAGUUGUUUAUGAGCAACAUGAACGAAUGGGGCAACAACUAUUACAAGUUGUACGCGGUGGUGUGUCGCAAGUACCAAAGCAAAGAGAACAAAGAUCACGAGGUGGACGAAGAGGAAGAGAAGAAGGCUGCACCCGUUAAAGAGCCGGGCAAACAGGCCCCGCAAAACCUCACGCUGGGCGGUUGGAAGAAGAUCAUUGCCGGGAAGUACAUCCUAAGAGGCACGUUGGACAAUCAACUGUUCAGUUCGUUCAAAGCUGCGGCCUUUGUGUUCGUUUCUCUGGCGAUGAGUCUGUUGCACAGUGCCUUCACCUGGACGUAUCCUAUUGUCGUGGAGAUUUCGACGAUCGGAGAUGAACUGUUCAAUUUCAGCAGGAACGAAGACGAUCCCGCUUUCGACGCGAACCGUCCCUUGGAAAUAAGAAAGGUGAAACCCACUUUCAAAGUUGGCUCGAACAGAUGUCAGGUGUCGGUCAAGUUUCCCUCGAUGGCGGGCCAAAUCAACUCCACGGAUUCCCGCACUCUGAAUCUGAGGGAGGCGUUGCAGUUUCUGUUCAAAACCAACACUCACGGUGUCAUUGAAGUGGGAGGUUUGACGUUUGCAGUUUGGGAGGAUCAGGAUCCGACCAGCGGAAGGCCGUUAAUAUUCUUGUACGAUCCCGUGGCCAGAGGGCCCACCGGUUUACCCUUGAGCUACUGUGGCUCUCCGUACGUCAUGUAUUUCGUGCACAACGUGGAGAUGGUCACCGAUCACAUUCGGCAAAUUGUGGAAAUGGAAAAGGUGGACGGCUACUUUAGGGUUACGAUCGCUGAAGUGAUUGCAGGAAAGAGCAGGACGCAGAAGAAGGUGGUGGACAAACCUAAGCCGUGUCCCAAGAACAAGGAUCUAAGCAUCGUGAUGAAGAUGACCGAAAAUCAAUUGAGGGCGAAACGUGUGCAGGAAAUCAACGCGAUAGGAAGGAGCAAGCAUCAUCCGGUUCCUCCGGGAAUGAUUCUGCGCGGUUUCAAGACCAUGUACGACAAGCAGUUCGUCGGAAAGGGUAAACAGGAGAUGUGCUGCUGCGUGAUGGCUCUGGUCUAUUCGAAGUUGACCACGAUCGAGACUUGGAACGCCCAUUUCUUGGAUCUGGUGAUGGAGUCGGGCGACAAGGUGUACGUGUCCUCGUACAACACGUACACCCCCGAAAACCCAAAGCUGGGCAUGACCAACAUACUGAGGAACCACUUCAUCAACGAGGAGUCGGUGCAGUUGAAGAUCUUCAAGCCCAUGUGCAACUAUCCGAUGGACGAGAAGUUGCUGUCGCCCAUCAUGCAACAGUUCUCCACCUUCGACAACGCGGCCAAGGAACUGUACUUUGUCCUUGAGUACUGCGACUAUUACUACUCGAUUAUACUCAGCAACAACAAGAUCUUCAUGUUCGACCCUCACAACACGGAUCAUAAUGGGGACCUGUCAGAAAGUGGGGGCCCAGUUCUGUAUCUUUUCCAAACGUUCGACGAGCUCUCGGACAGAUACUUCAAAAACUAUGGGGACCGAUCGGAGGACCCGAACAAGAACUUUUGCAUUUACUACGUGAAAGUGAUUCCCAGCAAGGAUCCACCGAGAAGGACGAAGUGCGAUUUGGAUAAGUACGCGUGACGAUUCAGUUUGAUGUUUGUAAUGUCUUUUGUGAUUCGUACUUGUAUCCAAAUCCGACACGAGAAGAGAAACGAUGUGGUUGGUAACUGUGUGACGACAAUAAACGUUUUUCAGAAUUGA